AUGAUAGCGAGUCAUAAGUUUCGCACCGAGUUUCGUGGGAAAACAGCACACGCUGCCGGUGAACCGUGGAAUGGUGUUAAUGCCCUUGAUGCGGCCGUCGCAGCAUAUAGCAGUGUCGGACUUCUUCGUCAACAAAUCCAACCCGAUGAACGUGUCCAUUCCGUAAUUGAGGUCGGCGGGACGGUGCCCAACGUAAUUACAGCCUACACGCGUAUGAACUGGAACGUUCGAAGUCCAACUAUUGCUGGAGCUGAUAAAUUGCUUGCCCGUGUGAAAGCGUGCAUAGAAGGAGCAGCCACUGCAACUGGCUGUGAGCUCAAUUAUAUCAUAGCACCGACUUACGCAAACUUGACGGCAAAUAAGGCUCUUUGUGAGGCAUAUGCGGAUGAGAUGGGGCGGAUUGGGGAUAAAAUUAUAUUACGGAACGAGAAGCCCGUAACGGCCUUCCACGGCGCAUUCGCAAUAUCAGCGCCACCGAACACUUCGCUCCAUAAUCCCGGGUUCACCGCGGCGGCUAGCACCGACGAAGCUCAUGAAAAGGCCCUACGAUGUGCGAAAGGGAUGGCGAUGCUCGCCGUUCGGGUACUUUUAGAUGAAGAACUCGCUUCUAAGGCUGAUUAUGACUUUCAGCAUAACCACGAGUGGUGA